AUGACCAGCAGUAACUCCAAGAAGAGUGAGAAGUUGCCCAAGGGAAAGAAGGGGAAAGCUGAUGCUGGCAAGGAGGGAAACAACCCUGCAGAAAAUGGAGAUGCCAAAACAGACCAGUCUUAA